AUGGAUGCUCUCAAGAAGGUCUUCGAGUCCAAGAACCAGAACUCGAGCCCCGCUCUCGUUACUUUCCUCACCGCUGGCUUCCCCACCAUCGAGGACACGGUACCAUGCCUGCUCGCCAUGCAGGAAGGAGGCGCGGACAUCAUCGAGCUCGGCGUUCCCUUCUCCGACCCCAUCGCGGAUGGACCUGCGAUCCAGGAGACCAACGUGGUCGCGCUCAAACAAAACGUCGACUACGUCAUGUGCUUGGGCAUGAUUCGUGAGGCGCGCAGCAAAGGGUUGACCGUGCCUGUCCUUCUCAUGGGUUACUAUAAUCCUAUUCUCGCUUAUGGCGAAGACAAGGCCAUCCAAGAUGCGGUCGAGGCUGGCGCCAAUGGCUACAUCGUCGUCGACCUCCCGCCCGAAGAAGCCGUCUCAUUCCGCAACAAAUGUCGCACUGCAAACCUCUCUUACGUCCCUCUCAUCGCACCCUCGACGACGCUGGGUCGUAUCGAGUUCCUGGCCUCCAUCGCGGACUCGUUCAUCUAUGUUGUGUCCAAGAUGGGCACCACGGGAUCUUCGGUCUCGGGAACCAUGAACUCCGCCCUUCCGGACCUCAUCUCUCGUGUCCGAGACUACACCGACGUCCCACUGGCGGUUGGCUUUGGUGUUGCUACUCGCGCGCACUUCGACUUGGUAGCCGAUGCAGGCGCUGACGGUGUGGUCAUCGGGUCUCGUCUCAUCGCCGUCAUCAAGACCUCCCCCGCAGACAAGGUUGCGCAGAAGGUCGAGGAGUAUUGCAGCGAGAUCAGCCUCAAGGGUCAAAAGCCUAAACGCGCCGCCGCCCCUCGUUCGACCUCCACACGAGCCACAAGGCUACCUCUCAAGUCAGCUGAGUCGAGCUCCACGAAUGUCUUGCCGCCGCGCUUCGGUCAGUUCGGUGGACAGUACGUUCCGGAGGCUCUCUGGGACUGUCUAGUCGAGGUGGAAGAGGCCCACAACAUCGCGAUGAAGGAUCCAGAUUUCCUCAAGGAAUGGAAGGAUCUCUAUGGCUACAUGAACAGGCCGUCGAACCUGUACAAAGCCGAAAAGCUUAGCGAGAGCGCGGGCGGCGCUACCAUUUGGCUGAAGCGCGAAGAUUUGAACCACACCGGCUCGCACAAGAUCAACAACGCCAUCGGACAGGUCCUGCUGGCCAAAAGGCUAGGCAAAAAGCGUAUCAUCGCUGAAACCGGUGCGGGCCAGCAUGGUGUCGCGACCGCGACCGCUUGUGCUCGCUUUGGCCUCGAGUGUGUCAUCUACAUGGGGGCGGAGGAUGUCCGUCGUCAGGCGUUGAACGUUUUCCGCAUCCGCAUGCUUGGCGGUAGCGUGAUACCCGUCGAGUCCGGCUCGCGCACCCUCAAGGAUGCAGUCAACGAGGCGUUGCGCGACUGGGUCACGAACCUCUCCACCACGCACUACCUCAUCGGCUCGGCGAUCGGCCCCCACCCCUUCCCGACAAUUGUUCGCGACUUCCAGCGCGUCAUCGGCCAGGAGAUCAAGGAGCAGCUUCUUGCGGAGACGGGGAAGCUCCCUGAGGCCGUUGUUGCUUGUGUUGGCGGCGGCUCAAACUCCAUCGGUACCUUCUACGACUUCAUUCCGGACAAGAACGUGAGGCUGGUCGGCGUGGAGGCGGGAGGAGAGGGCCUUGAUGGCGUCAGGCACAGCGCGACGUUGAGCAAGGGUCAGGCCGGCGUCUUCCACGGCGUCAGGACUUACGUGCUCCAGAGCGAGGCGGGUCAGAUCAUCGAGACGCACUCGAUCAGCGCGGGUCUUGACUACCCCGGUGUUGGGCCCGAGCACGCCUGGCUCAAGGAAUCGGGUCGCGCGGAGUAUACGGCUGCCACGGACGAAGAGGCGCUUCGUGGAUUCAGGAUGCUGACGCAGGAGGAGGGCAUCAUCCCUGCUCUCGAGUCUUCGCAUGCCAUCUGGGGUGGCGUUCAGCUCGCGAAGACCCUGCCUAAGGACGCCAACAUUGUCAUUUGUCUCUCCGGCCGUGGCGACAAGGACGUCGAGCAGAUCUCCCAGCUCCUCCCCGGCGAAUGGGAGCGCAAGCUCGACUGGUACAUCUCCGACUCACCCCUGAAGGGCACAGCGGAGCAUUAG